AUGACACCUGGCAGCCUGGCGAGAUGGCCCGGGGUCGACCCCGUGACGCCCGAGGACGGCACGUGCCAGUGCGACGCGCCCACGGCCGAUGACACCUGGCAGCCCGGCGAGAUGGGCACCGUCGCGGCCUGCAAGGGCGGCCAGAUGGGUUGCUGCACGAAGGACGGCGGCCUGCCCUGCGGGCCGCAGCCCGGGGUCGACCCCGUGACGCCCGAGGACGGCACGUGCCAGUGCGACGCGCCCACGGCCGAUGACACCUGGCAGCCCGGCGAGAUGGGCACCGUCGCGGCCUGCAAGGGCGGCCAGAUGGGCUGCUGCACGAAGGACGGCGGCCUGCCCUGCGGGCCGCAGCCCGGGGUCGACCCCGUGACGCCCGAGGAGUCGUCCAAGCCGUACGACUGCGAAGCCGGCUACUCGAAUUGGGAGGCGGGAUGGUCAGAAGAUAAGAAGUCGUGGUGUUGCAGCAAUGAGCAGAAGGGAUGCCCGGAGACGACGACGCCGCCGGCCCCGCCUUCCGAGCCGUAUGAUUGCAACGCUGGUUAUUCGAAUUGGGAGGCUGGCUGGUCGCCAGAUAAGAAGGAGUGGUGUUGUGCGAACAAGAGCAUGGGUUGCGCCGAGGCCGCAUCUAAGCCUUUUGAUUGUGACGCAGGUUAUUCGAAUUGGGAGGCUGGAUGGAGCGAAGACAAGAAAGGAUGGUGUUGCACCAACGAGCAGAAGGGCUGCCCGAAGUGA